UCUUUACAGCAAGUUGGCAGCCCUGCGUUGGUGGCGUUAGGUAUAAAAAUUCCACCGUAUAGUAAACACGGUCAUCAAUGGACGCGGGAACCAAAAUCUUAGUGGUAGGCGAUGUGCGAGGACGUUUCAAGCAGCUUUUCCAACGCGUGGAGCAGGUCAACAAAAAGGCGGGACCGUUCGAGAUCCUCUGCUGUGUCGGCGAUUUCUUUGGCGACGACAAGCAGAACGAGGAACUGAUAGCCUACAAAAAUGGUUUCAAACACAUUACCGUACCCACCUAUAUUCUUGGCCCCAAUAAGAAGGAGCACGCCAAAUAUUACGAAAGUCUGACGGAUGGCGAAAUCUGCACCAAUCUCACAUAUCUUGGGAGGAGAGGUGUUUACACGCUCAGCAGUGGGGUGAAAAUUGCUUAUUUAAGCGGUUUGGAAGCCUCAGGAGCUACAGAUUCCGAGCAUGAGUUUACCAAGGCAGAUGCGAUCGCGGUCAGGAACUCCUGCCUGGUCUCGAAGAAUUGCUCGACGGAAUAUCGAGGUGUGGAUGUCCUUUUGACCUCACAAUGGCCGUAUGGAAUGCAGGAAAAAGAAAAUGCAUCCGCUUCCAAGUUAGUAUCUUUUCUUUGCCGGGAAAUAAAGCCGCGCUACCACUUUUGUGCCAUCAAUGGCACCCAUUAUGAGUGCGCACCUUUCCGUAUGCCCAAGGAUGAGACCACUCAAUUCGAGCUGUGUACUCGCUUCAUUUCCCUGGCUGAUGUGGGCAAUGCCGCAAAGGCAAAGUAUAUUUAUGCGCUCAGCCUGAAACCCGUAGACAAGUCACGGUUACUAGAUCUAGUCCAGAAGACAACUGACGAAAUUCCUUGUCCUUUCAUUGGCUUGGACUUGGGUGGCGCCAUAGGCAAAAAUGAAUCAUCUGAAAGUCGGCAGUACUUCUACGACAUGGAUUCUGGCAAUCGAAAGCGGCAACAUGGUGAUCAGAACAGAAGAGAUAAGCGACCGAAAAUACCUCAGAUUGAUCAGGAGAAAUGCUGGUUCUGUCUCUCCUCGCCAGAUGUGGAAAAACAUCUUAUUAUUACGAUAGGCGAACACUUCUAUUUGGCUUUGGCAAAAGGACCCAUAAACAAGUACCAUGUGAUGAUAUUGUCCACAAAACAUGUGCCCUGCGCCGCACAGCUCAGCUCAGAGGAUUGGGAAGAACUUGACAAAUUUAAGACAGCCCUUAAAAAGUUUUUCAAAAGUCUGGGACAAGUUGUGUGCUUCACAGAGCGGCACUACAAGUCGGUUCAUCUGCAAAUCAAUGCUUUGGCUUUCGAAGAAGGAUACGCGUGGAAAAUCAAGCAUAGCUUCGAGGACAAAGCUGAGGAAUUUAAUUUGGAAUUUGAAACUUUACCUGCUCUGGAUUCUCCGAAAAUGCUCCCCGAAAUGGGGCCAUACUUUCUGGCUGAAUUGCCCGACGAUACUACGCUUAUUACACGACAGAUGAAACAUUUUCCUAUUCAUUUUGCCAGAGACGUUUUCUGUUCGGAGAAUCUACUGAAUUGCGACGAGAAAGUUAAUUGGAAGGAAUGCCUUCUAGAGAGAGACGAGGAAGUAUCAUACGUGGAAGAAUUCCGAAAGGCCUUUGCACCUUUCGACUUUACAGACGACUAAGUAAAAAGUUUUCUUUAUGUAUAGUUAAAAUUUCAUUGUGGUUGUAUAAUUGCUGAGCCCUUGCUGUCAGAUCAUCCAUAUAAAUGCUAAUACUACAAUUUAAGUAAAAACGUUCUCAAAAAUUC